CACGGAGAAUACCUCCCUCCUAGCGUCUAUUAAUAGCAAGACAGCUCCUGAUGACCGAUCCCGCCACAUGGGGAAGCGGCAAAACCCGUGGCAAUCCUCACAACCACUCAAGCCACCAUCACGAGACACAGGCGGCUCGAAGAGGCGAGAGACAGCAGUGGCACCGAUAGGACAGAACAUCAAACAGCGACUAUUCCUGCCCAGGGUGACCGCACCUUCCACCCAGCGAGACACCUUCAUUAGCGGACCGACCCAGUGCUCGCCUACCAUACAGCCUGCAACAGAACAGCCCCGAAAACGGCAGAUCCCUGCAAAUAACACCCAGCCAUUACAACAUGGUGAACACCAUCCCGCGAGCCCACCACAGCAAGGCUGCUACUCGGAGGAACAAACGGUCAAAACAUAUCCUGAUGCCUGCUCUGAAGAACCCUAACUCUCGACUACUUAGACAACAGAGCAAGUAUCGGACAAAAAUGGGUGUGCCAGUAAAAAGUGCCUCGGAACAUUAUUUUGCUUUCUUCACUAUUAUUUUUUGGUCUCACCACUUAGUCCUAUAUAUUUUUGGCAGCCUUUAUUGCGCACUCUCUCCUCCUGCUGUUUUGUUGUUUUUUAUGCAGUUACUGGAUAGGGCAACGCAAACCUCUCACCUGUCUGAGCUAAGCAAGCAAUUUAUAUGUAACCAAGCACAGUGUUUAUAGAGUACAGCUCAGAUUAGAGGGGAUUUUUAUCUGUUUUACUGAGAUAUAACCUGCUGCAAUGUUAGCGAGAAUGCCUAAAAUACUACUAUGUGUUUAUGCGUAACCAAGCAUAGUGCUUAUAACGAACAGCGUAGAGUAAACAUGCUCUCUAUUUGUCCCACUGAGAUAUAACCUAAUGCAAUGUUAGCAAGAACAACUGAAAUACUUAUUAUAUUGCUUAUUAUAGCGAACCUAAAACAAUGCAAGUUUAAGCCAGUUUAACUUUUAACUUACUAUAGAAAUGUCUAAGCCUGAACAAACAUUAGCAAGUUGCUAAAUCUGAUGGUCAACUUUCUAGCAAAGUUCUGUCAUAUCCUAACAAUACCUAAGCAACAUAAAACCAGAUUGUUUAUAACCUUAAAAAAAAUGUGCUUGUUUUAUUAUGUACCUCUAUGUUUAACUGUUUUAAUGCGCUGGAGGAUUGCCUUUGGGGUACCUCUCGAGCGAUUGUUAUAAGCUUACGCACAAC